UGCAGCGGCACGUCUCCCCUCGCCUGCCUCAACGCGAUGCUGCACUCCAACUCCAGGGGAGGCGACGGGCUCUUCUACAAACUGCCCGGCCGCAUCAGCCUCUUCACGCUCAAGAAGGACGCCUUGCAGUGGUCUCGGAACCUGUCGGUGCCCGAAGGGGAGGAGCUGGAGGACACAGCAGACGCAGAGAGCUGCGAGUCCAAUGAAGCAAGCACUGUGAGUGGUGAUAACGAUGUGUCUCUUGAUGAAACCUCCUCGAACGCCUCCUGUUCCACUGAAUCCCAGAGCAAGGGCCCCGCUGCGACCAGGGAGAGCUACAGAACUGCCUCUCAGACAACCAAACAAAAGAAGAAGACUGGUGUAAUGCUGCCCCGUGUUGUCCUGACACCACUGAAAGUAAACGGGGCUCACAUGGAGUCUGCCUCUGGCUUCACGGGACGGCACGCUGACGGGGAGAGCAGCAGCACGUCCAGCAGCAGCAGCUCCUCCCUGGCCCUGUGCAAAGCCACCCUGCGCAGCAGAACAGAAAUAAACAGGGAUCCUCCGCAGCUCCUCAGAGGUAUCCGAAAGCCCUCGGCUGGACAAAUGAAACGCAACAGGGGUGAGGACAUUGACUUUGAAACGCCCGGUUCCAUCCUGGUCAAUACAAACCUGCGAGCUCUGAUAAACUCCAGAACCUUCAACGCGCUCCCGUCGCACUUCCAGCAGCAGCUGCUGUACCUCCUGCCAGAGGUGGACAGACAGGUGGGGGCCGACGGGCUGAUGCGUCUCAGCGGCAGCGCUCUCAACAACGAGUUCUUCACCCACGCUGCGCAGAGCUGGAGGGAGCGUCUGGCUGAUGGUGAAUUCACCCAUGAGAUGCAGGUUCGGAUCCGGCAGGAGAUGGAAAAGGAAAAGAGAGUGGAGCAAUGGAAAGAGAAGUUCUUUGAGGACUACUACGGACAAAAGUUGGGCUUGACCCAAGAGGAAUCCCAGGAGCAGAACUCGGUGCAGGAAAACGCCGAGAACAGGACGGGAGCGUCUGUCAAAGGAGAAGCGAGGCUGCCACGUGGUCCCUCCACACGGCAGAGAGACGGGCGCUUCAAGAAGCGCUCCCGGGCUGACCUGCGCUGCAGAGCCAGGAGGAGCCUGUACAAACUGCGCGAACCGGAGCAGACGGAGGCUGCCAAAGAGGCCGCUUCUGCCGGAGCGGAUUCCUCCCUUCAUAAAGAGACAAAGCCCGAGGCAGACCUGAAGCAAGACGACCUGACGAGCCCUUCGGCCGCAGGACUGAAGCCAGAGAGCUCAGAAUUGCACCUCACCCCAGAGACUUCCAAAUUCCACAGUAAAUCGGAGGAUCCGGUGGCAGCUGCGAGCAGAAUUCCCAGUUUGCCCCAGGAGAACUCUGCCCGGGAGCCCAAGGACCAGAAGAGGAAAUGCUUUGAGGAGGCUGCCUCCGCGUCCUUCCCCGAAAAGAAGCCCCGGCUUGAAGAUCGUCAGUCCUUUCGUAACACAAUUGAAAGUGUUCACCCAGAAAAGCCACAGCCUACUAAAGAGGAGCCAAAAGUCCCACCCAUCCGGAUUCAACUUUCACGUAUUAAACCACCCUGGGUGGUUAAGGGUCAGCCCGCUUACCAGAUAUGCCCCAGGAUCAUCCCCAACACGGAGCCCUCCGGCCGGGGCAGGACCGGGGCCAGGACACUCGCAGACAUCAAAGCCCGCGCUCUGCAAGCCCGAGCCCAGCGAGAAGCUGCCACAGCCGCCAUCGGAGGCGGGGGCGGCCCGGGCGGAGGGAGAGGCGCUGACGAAGGAGGAGGCGGAGGAGAAUCCGGCGGCCGCGCAGAGCACAGGAGAUCAAGGAGAGCUCACGGAAAGCGUUCGUCAGAUCUACAACGAGCACAAUUACUGCCGCCUGUCCGUCUGAACGGAGAGCGGGCGAGCGCCGAGGGGGCUGCUCAGGAGGGGAGCGCCAGUUCCUUCCUCUCUGCGAGACAAGACCCCUUUCCCUCUAAGAGCGAGGGGGGUGAUGCCGUGCAGCGCACCGCAGGCGCAGGGGGAGCUCGCCCUGCUGAUGGUUCUCCUCAAAAGCCGCCCUGUGCUGCUUUGACUGGGUCGCCCUUAGACCGUGCAGCUUCUGAGAGGCAGGAGCAGAGCCCUGAGCAGCUCCUCUGUGACCCAAGGACCGAGAUGCCGUCACAGGAGAGGCAGAGUACCAAGCCGAAACGCGCGGUUCCUGCAGCGAGCGAUCUGUCGUGUUGUCGGGUGCAGGGAGCUGCGCUCCAUCCUGCGGGGGAUCAGGUGCUGUCAGGGCUUGGAGAUGUUGGUGCUCCCACCAUGCAGCUGGGUUAUCCUUCUGGGGCAAAGGAAAAGGCCUCCAGCUCUCCUGCUCCUCUGCCAGCGUUACCAUCGGGUGGUACAGAGAGCCCUGAGCCAGAAACCGUGUCUAGAUUUAGAUUGAAUGGCUCUGAAACGGUUGUGGAAAAAUGUGUUGCUGAUAGCGGUAACUCCAAAACAGCGACUGCUGGAGCAGAGAAAGCAGCCCCUGUGCUGUGUAACUCCUCGCUCCUGCAGGCAGAGGAAGAGAGCGAUGGCAAACUCAGUAAUGAGGAAGAGAACGAGGAGUCAGAGGUGAAACCCUCCUUCCAUGAUGACUUUGUUUCUCAGGACAGGACAGGUAGCCCUGAUGUGCUGCUGCAGCUGAGGGAGCAGUGCCCAAGAACAGAGCCACAAAAUGCACAUCAGCCACUGAGAGAGACUCAAGAGGCCAAGACAGACGGAGAUGAUGAGGUGCAGAGCACACACAGUGAAACCACAGACACGGCUUCAGACUUCGAAGGGGACGUGGCCGAUGAGAGCACAGAUGUGGAUCCGUGUUGCAGGGCGGUGGCUGGGAAGGGCUCCUCCUGUCACGGCAGCGCUGAGAGCUGCAGGGUUAGACCAAAGUCACCGGUGGAAGCAGGCGGCCGUGCCUGUGUCGUGGACUUCCCUGCACCCCCAUCGCAGAGGUGGGCACCGCGGGCACCGCCGCCCCAGAAGCCCGAGCGGGCGCUGGGUUCUGCUCGCCCCGUGUCCUCUGUGGAAACCAACAACCCCUUGGUGAUGCAGCUGCUCAAGGGGAGCCUUCCGCUGGAGGAGGUUCUCCCAGCAUCCCACCCCAGCAUCAAGCUGGAAGUUACACAGCCACCCCUGGACAAGCAGCCAGAAAGCCUCUCCCUGCAGAUGGAGAGAGGUGGCAGUUGCUAUUUCGGCAAAGAGCCUUCUCCAGAGAUAGGAGCAAAGAGGAGCGCCCCAAGCAGCAGCGAUGACUUCCACUCGGUGAGAUCUUCUGUAGAUGCCCAGGAACGGAAGCGCGGAGCGGGAGCGGCGCCGCCUGGAGCAGAGGAUGCGGAGGAUCGCUCCGUUCCAGACACGCACCCCAGAGCUGGCUCAGCUCUGAGCUGCCAGGACCAAGUGGUGGACGUGGGAAGUGCCUCUCAGAAGCCUGAGGAUGCAGCCCCUUGGGAAAGGACAUUUUCUUCCUGUAGCUUUGAGGAGCAAAAGGAGUUGUCCAAGGGCCAUCAGGUGCCGCAGCACAACCCACUGACGAGUGUCACCGCAAAUAAAAGUCCGGAGAAGUUGAAUGCCUCCACGGAGCCUCGGUUUUUGUCUCCACCUGUAACUUCUCUGGGUCCAAACCAGCCGGGAGGCGCAUCAGGCAGUAAAAAUUACGUUGGAGUUCAAGGCAGGAAACUCUUUGGUUCUGCUUUUCCUGGCAACCCCGCUGUCAGACUGCAUCACUUCAGGGCCUCGGAUCCCGCUUCAGCCGUAGGAACCGCGUCCCCCCGCAAGCAGAGCGCUCAGAGCAAGAGCCAUGCGCCGGCCGCCAGGGAGGGCUGGACGGCCAAGCCGCACGGGGACGCGCUGGCGGGGCUGAAGAGCGAGGACGCGGGGGGAUGCGGCAGCCCGGCCAAGAGCAACGCCGAGAACCGGGAGGACACGGCGCAAAACCCCGCGGAGGCGGCCGAGCAAAGCGCUCCGCUGGUCGUGGACUUGCCUUUCUUCAGGUUUUCCAGGGAAGCGGGGAAAGGGCACGGUCAGCCCUUGGAGCCUUCUUCCAUUCCCUCGCAGCUCAAUAUCAAGCAGGCGUUUUACGGGAAGCUUUCUAAGCUGCAGCUGAAUCCCACCGGCUUUAAUUAUUCGUCCAACGCUCCGGCUUUCCCCAGGAGCGUGGUGCAGCUCGGCCACAAAGCGAGCCACAACGCGGCCCUGUCCGUGCAGAUGUUUGCCGACAGCAGCAGCGUUGAGGAGAUCGCCUUCAAGUGCUCGUGCAGCCUCAAAGCCAUGAUCAUGUGCAAGGGCUGCGGGGCGUUCUGCCACGACGACUGUAUCGGACCCUCUAAGCUCUGCGUCUUGUGCCUUGUGGUGAGAUAA